AUGGCGUUACUCUCACGAAUCCGCUCAUCGGCGUCUCUCCUCCGCCACAUCACCCCAUCCCCUCAAAUCCGCUCUCUCUCCUCCGCGUCAUCGAUUCUCGCGCCGGAUUCCAAAACCCCUCUCACUAGCAAGCAAAAGAGCAAAGCAGCUCUCUCCCUUCUCAAAACCGAGAAAGAUCCAGAUCGCAUACUAGAAAUCUGCCGCGCCGCUUCCCUCACUCCCGAUUGCCACAUCGACCGGAUCGCUUUCUCCGCCGCCGUCGAGAACCUGGCCGAGAAGAAACACUUCGCCGCCGUAACAAACCUCCUCGACGGAUCCAUCGAAAGCCGACCCGAUCUCAAAACGGAGCGUUUCGCCGCUCACGCCAUUGUUCUCUACGCUCAGGCCAACAUGCUUGACCACUCUCUGCGGAUGUUCAGUGAGCUCGAGAAGUUCGAGAUCCCUCGCACGGUAAAAUCCCUAAACGCUCUUCUCUUUGCCUGCUUAGUAGCCAAAGAUUACAAGGAAGCGAAACGAGUCUACAUCGAGUUCCCUAAGAUGUACAAAAUCGAACCUGAUCUCGAAACUUACAACCGUAUGAUCAAAGUCUUCUGCGAAUCCGGCUCAGCGAGCUCGUCUUACUCCAUCGUUGCAGAGAUGGAGAGGAAAGGGAUCAAGCCCACGAGCUCUAGCUUCGGCCUCAUGAUCUCUGGGUUUUACCAGGAGGAUAAGAACGAAGAGGUAGGGAAAGUGUUGGGGAUGAUGAGAGAGCGUGGUGUCAACGUCGGUGUUUCGACACACAACAUUAGGAUACAGAGUUUAUGCAAGAGGAAGAAAUCUGCAGAGGCAAAGGCUCUGCUUGAUGGGAUGUUGUCUUCAGGGAUGAAACCGAACUCGGUGACUUACGCUCAUUUGAUUCAUGGGUUUUGCAACGAAGACGAUUUGGAAGAGGCGAAGAAGCUGUUUAAGGUUAUGGUGAACAGAGGAUGCAAGCCUGAUAGUGAGUGUUACUUCACUCUGAUAUAUUACUUGUGUAAAGGUGGAGACUUUGAGACGGCUUUGAGUGUUUGUAAAGAGAGCAUGGAGAAGAAUUGGGUUCCGAGUUUCGGUAUCAUGAAGUCUCUUGUUAACGGUUUAGCUAAGGCUUCGAAAGUUGAAGAAGCUAAAGAGCUCAUUGCGCAAGUUAAAGAGAAGUUCACUAGAAACGUCGAGUUGUGGGAUGAAGUCGAAGCUGCAUUGCCUCAAUGA